GAACUGAAUCCGACAAAUCAUAUAAUGUGGAAACAGGUCUUUAUGUAUUGCCGCCUAAUCGAUUCAAUUAAGCGCUUAAUCAAGUAAAACAAAUUAUUUUCACAAUUAUCUCAAUUAUUCAUUAACAAAGAAGUCGUGCAUUUUAAUUUUUGCUUACGAAUUUGUUAAUAAUGGAUAAAACAAUGCUUAAAAAAUUAUUUUUAGCAUAUUGUGUGCAUAUUGAACACUUUGAGUCAGUACAAUCUAACUAUGAUAGUGUAUUAACACUAUAUAGGAGAAGAAAAAGGAGAAACUUGAUGAUUUUACAGCAUUUAAAGAAAAAACAACUUUUGUGCUUUGAAAUAUUGCAGCAAACUGCAUCUCAAAGAGCGUUAUGGAAGUUGUCAGUCUUCAUUAAUACAGAAACGGCGAUCUCAAUUUUUGGGAAAUAAAUUGCAAUCGUAAUAAUGAUCAGUUUUUCAAGGAACACUUCCGAAUGUCCCGAGCAAGUUUUGAUGUACUAUGUGGAUUGGUUAACAAAAUGAAAAGAGCAGAUACGAAUUGGCGUAAAGCGAUAAAAUUACAAAAACGGGUCGCAAUUGCUUUAUUUACCCUCGGUUCUUCCUUAAAAUACAGAGAAAUUUCUGAACUAUUCGGUGUGGGAAUCUCAACUGUAUGCGAAAUUGUAUACGAGUUCUGCGAGGAAGUGUGGAAAACUAUGUCAGCUUAUAUUAAUAAAUUACCUCCGAAAAAGGAAGAAUUAGCUGGAUAUAUUUCUGGAUUUUGCAAACUUGGUCAUCCUCAGUGCAUGGGAGUAAUUGAUGGAUACCAUAUAAAAGUGAGACCGAACGCAGCUGUCGCUAAGGAAUACUUAAAUAACAGAGGCUGGUACUCCAUUAUACUUCUAGCGUUGGUGGAUUACAGAUGUCGUUUCUUAUAUGUUAACAUUGGUGCUCCAGGGCUGUGCAAUUACUCACAAACAUACAACGCAUCGGCACUAAGAGUUCUCUUAAAUAAUAACGAGUUAUUAACGGGAUAUAAAAAAGAAAUAGAUGGAGUGGAAAUACCAGUUUAUAUUAUAGGUGACUCAUCGUUUGAGUUUUCCAAGUCUUUAAUGACACCCUACCCAGUUAGCACUUCUUUAACCGAGAAUAAAAAACAAUUUAAUAAUAAGCUAUUAACAUGUAAAAAAGUUGUAGAUAACGCUUUUUGGCAUUUAAAAGCACGUUUUCGACGUUUAGGAAUCGGGAUAGAUAAUAGAAAAGGGAAUGCUCCUCUUAUUAUUCGAUCCACAUGUAUUUUAUAUAACUUUCUCAACGAAAUAAAUGAUAAUAUCGACGAGAAAUGGUUAGAAAUGAAUCAAGUGGAUACAAAUUGCCAGAAUCCCACAAAUACUGUCGUAUAUUGUGAUGACGAACCCUUUGCGGAAGAGAUAAGAGAUACGUUGUGUCGUUUCAGUGAAAGAUAAAUAAAUGUUAUACUUUUCUUAUAUACCAAUCGGAAAAAACUUAAAAUUCUAGUAGACGAAAGUUGACAUUUUUGUGGUGAGUAUGAACAUAAAAAUUUCACCCAGUUCAAUAGCUGGUUAAAACGUUUAAAAUGAUUGCUGGAGACAUAAUAAUGGAAAACAGAAUCAUUAAGAUUGUCAUUAGAAAAAAAAUAUUUUCUUGGACAACAGAGUAAAAAAAAAAUACCGCUUGACACCCAACCAUUUUUGGCAUGCUGUUAAAAUAGUUUGUUGAGUUGAAAUAUACAAUAAUAUACUUACAUACAUAAGUAUAUAUUUUGAUUUAAAAAAAACUGAUUUCAUUUUAUAUUCUAAUAUUGCUUUUUCGUAUUUAUUACAACCGAUUAUUAAUUUAUGUCACAAAUUGGACAAUUAAAUAAAUUUGUUAUGUACAUGCUUAUUACAAUA